AUGGGGGUCCCAUCGCUGCUGCCGCUGCUGCUGCUGCUGCUGCUGACGGGACGUCGAGUGCAAUCAGCAGCAGCAGUGGUGGUGCCACAGAAGGAGAUAGGAGAUGGUUCCUUUGACUCGCCCAUUGGAGUCACGCUGAGCCAGAGCAACCCUGCUGACAUCCUGCGCCCGUCCUCCGUGGAAGAUUCCUUCUUUUCAGGCUAUGGCACAUGCACCACUGGCAGCUAUGGCAUCGCUCUCGUGACCAACAAGCCGGGAGGCUACUGGAACACGGCCUUCUUUGUGCAGAACAACUCAUUCGCGUCGGGCAGCAAGAGAUUUUGGGCCACGCCGAACCCGCCUGCCACCACUCCCCCCAGGGGGAGUCUCAUCGCGCGAUUCUACGCUCUCAGGGAUCUCGACGGAUCUCUCCUCGGCACGCCAGGCGCCUUCGCAGUCGCGCCCUUCUCCCCCAUCCUGCCGCCCGCCUCAAUCCGCCCCAGCCUGUGUCAGUACCGGGCUGAGAGUGCUGUGUGGCAGUGCCAGUCGGUGUGCUACAGGGCAGUGGGCGUGUUUUACUAUGAACCCGGUGUGCGGCCCAACGGGAUGCAGGGCCUUCCAGCUAAAGUGCUCCGGCCUUAUAGCUACAUCAACAUAACGCGUGAGGAAGACGGGGAGACCUUCACAGCAUACGGCACAGACAACGACAACCCUGACAGCCGCCCUGCUGACCCCAAGCGCACCGCCUACCGUUACGUUACCGCGUCGCUGCUUGCUGGGUACACGUACCGGUUCACGAUUAUCCCUGCCCCCACCAACAGCCUCUUCUAUCCCACAUGGGCUCAGGUGCGUGAGUGGGAUUGGGUAUGA